AUGGUGGAUCUAGGCAUUUUGAGAACAUUGACGUGGCAAAAAUGCCCUACAAGGGGCAAAGUCAAAUGUGAAUCAUGGGUGAAAGACGGAGUAUAUGCUCUGCUGCUUUAUAAAGUUUUGGUAGAUGUGGUGAGCGAUGAUGCUGCUAUUGAGGAUGAUUGUCUCCUUUGUCGAAAUACGGCUACAAUGCAGCAAGGAUAUGCAUAUGGCAAGGCUGCCAAUUUCUGCCCAAUCUACCAGGCUGCACAAUCUCAAAAUUUACAUACAUAUCUGGUGAGGCGCAAAAUGGAACUCCGAAGAGUCGCCUGGUCUGAUGUGACCAUCACAUUGCUUGUGGCCGUCACUGUAAAUCUAUCGUACAACUUCAUUCUCUUCUCGAUUCGAUCCAGUCGCGCAGCAAAAAAGGCCACCCGGAAACCGUUUGUACCGCAAAAAUUCUUGACAUUGAGGAUUUCCAACAUUCCUUGUAUCCCUAGUGUAACCGCAGACAGUUUGCGACAGAUCUUGUCGGAUCUACCAAUUGCAGCCCAAGGAACUGGCGGCCAGCCGAAUCUACUUGAGUUCUCGUAUUCUCCCAGCGCAGUCUCAGCCUUUUCCUCGCGAUAUGCAGUCGUCACUGCCACCUUUGAUCAUGCUCCAGCCAUCAACGAACUUGAGGUGGUUCUCAGGCAGAAAAUUGGAGCUGAAGCCGGUCAUUUAAAAGUCGAUCGAGAUUUUUUGGGCAUCACGCCACUGUCUGAUAGCGACAACGUCCAUGUAGACAUUAUUGCGGUAACUGGACUCGCCGGCCAUGCCUUUGGGUCAUGGAAGUCAAAAAACUUGCCGCAUAUGUGGCUGCGCGAUUUUCUUCCGACGGUCAUAAACGCGCGCAUCCUUACAUACGGCUACGAUACAAAGAUAUACGGAAGCCAAUCCGAGGAAUCUAUACUGGAAUUAGCCAAGGCCUUGCUCGAGUCCGUCAAAACCACUCGACGGAAAGAAAUUAGAAAUCGGCCGAUUAUUUUCAUUGCGCAUAGCCUCGGCGGGCUCGUUGUUAAGGAGGCUCUGGUACAGGCUUCGGUUGGCAGCGAAGAGGAUCAAACGAUUUACAGAUCGUGUUAUGCCCUUUUACUUUUUGGCGUCCCAAACAGAGGACUGAACAACCUCAGCCUAAUGUCAAUGGUCAAAGGACAGCCCAACGAGAGUUUAGUGAGAGAUCUUGGCGAAUCGUCUCGAUUUCUUAGCUUACUGCAUGAGCGGUUUAAUGCGUGCUUUACAUUCGACGACUCUCACAUACUGUCAAUCAAUGAGACAAAGCACACGGCGACAGUUGAAUGGAACACGGAAACUGGCACAUUGGAAAGGACCGGGCCUCGAGUCAUGAUGGUUGGGCAUACAUCAGCUACCAACGCCCACCAGAACGAAAAGACUUACGAUCGCUUGUCUAUCAACUCCGAUCAUUCCGAGAUGGUCAAAUUUAGUGACAUCUCAAAUCCAGACUACGUGAAAAUCCAAUCUAGACUGGUAGAGUUGGUCGAUAGCGCACCAAGCGCCAUAAAAGAGCGUUUUGAUCAUCACACGAGAAAAAUAACUCAAUUGGAGAGGCAGUUUCUACGAAAUCUGAAGGCUCCUGAUAGCAAGACGUUCCGAAAUGACAAAGUUGGCCACCGAACGCCGGGAACGCUCAACUGGUUUUUGCGCAAUCAUCUUUACAAGGAUUGGAUAUCUGCGGACUCGUCAUCAGGCCUUUGGAUUCAAGGCUCACCGGGCCAAGGCAAGACAAUGCUAGCCAAGUUCAUCUUGGACACGCUGGAUGAACCAGUACCCAGCUCAGAAAUACCGUCAGUGGUCAUAUACUUCUUCUUUUACGAUCAAGACGAAAGUUACCGUACCGCCGGAGCCGCUAUGAGGUCUCUUAUUGAACAAUUGCUGCAUCUAGCACCUAAUGCAUUCCAAACUAUCACUCAGACAUUCGACAUCGAAAGCUCUGAAAUCCGCGAUAAUUCGUUGCGGGACAUUCUCAAGGACUUGCUUCAAAUGUCUCAGCUCAACACCAUUUACUGCGUCAUUGAUGGGCUAGAUGAAUGCCAAAAUGAUGGGUCAAGAAAGAUGCUGCUUGAUCUUAUCGCCGGCAAUCUUCGACAAUCAUCGACCCGAAGAAAAAGCUCGGUUCCGACGCUGAAGACCCUUCUCACUAGUCGUCCUACGGUCGAUAUACAUUACGAGCUUUAUCACCUGCCGAACAUUCAACUUAAAGCCAACCAUGAGGAUCUAGAGAUAUUCAUAAAAAACAAAGUGGACGACUUGAGAUUUCACGAGGAUCUGAAGCAAAAGGCAAUCCAUUUGUUAAGUAGCCGUGUUGAGCAAACGUUCUUGUGGAUAUCAAUCGUCCUAAAGAGGCUGGAGGUUGCAACGCCUUUACUAUCAGAGGCAGGGAUGGAAGAAAUGAUUAACGAAAGUCCGUCUAAUCUUGAAAAGCUGUUUGAGAACAUCAUCAGCCAAAUCAAGGAAGCUAAAGACAUGACGGCCCAGAAGCUUUUGAUAUGGGCCGUGUACGGCAGAAGACCUUUGACUUUGGCUGAGCUUAAAGAGGCUAUAGCAGUUCAGGAUGAUUCUACAAGUAAAGGUUCGACCAAGAAAUAUUCGGUAGCUCUCACCGAAAGCAGCGUGACGACCGCUACAGGAGUGAUAUUGGAGAUUAUUGACGGGAAAAUCCACCUUGUGCACCAAUCGGCAAAGGAUUUCCUCCUAAAGAGCGGACACCUUGCCGAGUUUGCAUUCUGCACGAGUCUACAUCCAAACAUUGUCGAAUCAGGAUCCUGGCGAAACGAUGAAUCCCUUAACGAAGGGAUUAUUCAGCAUCCCUUCUUACAAUACGCAGCGCGCAACUGGUAUCGUCAUCUUGACCUGAACGACGAUAUGAACAGGUUCGCUAGACUUAUCAGCCGAUUAACCGAGCCCAGAUCCCGGACACUCUUGACAUGGGGAGCAUUCAACGGGAUUACCAAUCUAGAAGAGGCCACAGACACUUGGGAAGUCGCUCUGAAGGUGAAUAUUCCGUGGCUGGUCGACUUGCAAAUAGACUCCACAGUAAUCACGAAAGAUAUGAUCGGGAAAGCAACUGCGAAUGGCAUGACGGAAUACGACUAUCUACGGCGGCUUGUUAAGAAACACGACACCCUUUUUACAGAGGAAGAGCUUUGUCUACUUGUCGAAUACCUCGACCACGCACUGGUUCGCCAAUUAUUAAGCGGACAAACCAGCGCCGUUAUUACGCAAAAUGUCUUUGAAGCGGCAGCAACGAACGCCAAGUAUGGCAGGCUUGUUGUCGAGGCCAUUCUGGAGCUCGACAUUUGCUUCACCAUUACAGCUAAAUUCAUCAAUUUGGCACAAAAGAAUGAUGUAAAUGGCCAAGAUAUCAUUCAAUUUGUCAUUGACAACCACAACGUGGAAGUUGCAGAAGAAGCGGUACAGGAAAUAGUCACAAGCGGAGAUAUAAAAAUGGUGAAACUAUUGUUCAAGCGAGAGCAACUCGAUGGCCUUCAACUAGCACUUGGAGCAGCAGUGAAACAAGGAAAUUAUGAACUGCUGAUGCUCGUGUUAGAUAAGGGAGGGGAUAAAAUAACAAUCACAGAGAGUUAUAUGCAGGAUUUGGUGAAUUCAUCUCCUCCUGAUGCCUUGAAGAACUUUCUGAGAGCACAUCAACAAAAAGCCAGGAUCACAGAAAGUAUUGUUAUAGAUACUGCGAACCACAAAAAAAAGAGGGAGUACCUACUAUUGUUUUUCUUGAAGGAACGAGGCAAAGAUUUUCAGAUUACGGAAGGGAUAUUAAAAGCAAUUUUACAAGACGAAGAUUCCGAGAAUGAGGCGCUAAAGUUUCUUCUUGCAGAAAGAAACCAGGAGAUGCAUAUGACUGAAGAUAUUUGGAAAGUGGCUGCGGCGAAUUGGAAUUAUGGCGACGAGGCAAUUCGUCUCCUACUCAGUACGAAGCGCCACGAGCUUCAUAUCAGCGAAGGGAUUUUGACAAGCGCCGCAAAAAACUUUGACUGUGGGCAUGAGAUUAUGAAAAUAUUCUUGGAGAUGAAAGGAGACGACAUUCAGAUUACAAAUGCAAUUUUGGAAGCAACACUAAGAAGUUAUUACACACAAAAGGAGAUGGUAAGCGUUCUUUCAGAAGCGCAAAGACGCGGUAUCUGGAUUGAUAUGGGAAAUCUGGUGCAAAUCGCAGCCGGGUCCGGAAGGAGCAGCUCCGCCAUGGCAGCUUUGUUUGAAGUAACAAAGGAUGAGAUUCCAAUAACUGAGGAAGUAUUGAGAGCGGUCGCAAGAAAUAACUCAUCCCAAGGUCAUACAAUUAUGAGUACUAUCCUGGAAAAGAAAGGUGAUGAAAUCCAGAUGACUGAGGCCGUUUUGAUGGAAGCAGCAAGCAGUGAGCGUGGCGAUGAUAUAUUACGUGCAAUAUUCAGUGGAACCGGCGAUGAAAUUCAGAUAACAGAGAAUGUUUUGAAAGCGGCUGUGGGAAACGAAUUCGGUCACGUUUUUGGAAUUAUGGAAGUCAUCUUCAAGCAAAAGGGCGAUCAAAUUCACAUCACCGAAGAGGUUUUAAAACUCGCACUGGCAAGUUCGUACAGCAUCAGUAUACUGGCCGUCAUUGCAAGAUUUAAAGGGAAAGAGAUCCAAAUUACGGAUGAGAUCAAAGGACUCAUGAGCGACGAGCAAAUUGAUUGCUGGACAAGAAAUGCAAAGAAGACGAUCGAUGGCUCGCGUUCAAUUAUUAUUAUUCAAUAA